AUGUCCCAAUCACUGAACUCUUGUGCAUCAUAUCCUCAGCCAGAUGAUUCAGCGAUCGUCGCCCGGAUUAACUCCUCCACACAUGGCCCGAGGCGAAGGAAGAAGGCGAGACCAGUCCAUAUUUGCGUCUCGCCAAACAUCGGGAUGAAAUCGCCGCUCUCCCUUCUUGUAUUGAUGAUAACGAAAGCGAGUUGCGAUAUCUGUCACCGAUGUGCCCAAGGGAUCUUCAAGGACAACUGGUUGGCCACUGGGUUCCCGGUACAGCCGCCAAAUAUGACUUAUACGGAUGCUUGUGCCAACAGCUUGGGAGAGGCCUUUGAAGUGCAAUGCGGUGGGUCGACUUGUUACGCUGCGGCUUUUGUUAUACGUAAGCGACUUAUAAACUUUCAAAAUUGUGCAUAACCGAGCUGAAGUGGAGUUCACUAAUGAAAGCAACUUAACUAGUAUAAUUAAGAGCACAAAAAUUUAGAAGGAACAUAUGGGGUAAUCAGAGGAUGUCCAGAAGAUUUCAUCGCCGGUUCUAAUGUCCCAGCAAGUGCUACUGGAAAAAUGUGCGAGUAUGCCCGGUACACAGGGACCGCCAGCGUGGCACCAAAUGGAAGACUAAUCACAAACCCAUUUGUUGGGAUCAAUGUUUGCACUGGAACAGCAAAAUGUAACAGCGAGCGGGCUUUGGCCAACUCCGCAUCAUUCGCGGAAACCGAAUGGGGAGCAACCGAUACUAAUUGCAAAUUAAAGUCAGGUAUGUCGUCUUACAACAUUAAAAGUUUGAUGUUUUCAAGACGAACAACAAAAGAUUUUAGGGGGAGUUCAAUGCCUCGAAUGCACUCACUUUGACGGGGAAGGUUCUUGUGAACACGACUCAAAACAAACUUGUACAGGCCCAUAUUGUGUGAAAGCCAUCGGCAAACUAAACGGUAAGCGGUGGCUAUCUUUUGGUUGAUGGUAUUUUUUAUGCUAGGGGGGUCAAAAGUGCAAAAAGCAUAAAUUUUAAUUCUGAUAUAAAAAACCUUCCUAAUCGCUUCAGGACGUCGUUUUGAGCAUCGUGGAUGCACUGCCAUCAAUCCUCUCCAAGUCGACUACUGCUACAAUUUCAACCGACCAAUCAACUCAUCUCUGCUGGGAAUGUCAAUAAACCAAGAAUUCAGCGGAACUCAAUGCAUUUGUGGAAAUCAGCGGUGCAACAGCUCGCUUGUCACGGAAUCGUCGAUCUUUUUGUCUGUUAUGGGUCUUAUUUUCGGAGUAACGGUAAACUUUUAA